AUGAUCGGUUUUCGCUGCCGCACAAAGAGCCAAGUAAUAAGGCAACUUGGUAAUGAACGUCACACACUGCAAUGCACAUGUAUACAACACCAAUCCUACGCUGAUCCUCCUGACCGGUCAACGACUUCGUCGCUGAGACGGGAAUUUUUGAUCGUGAUUCGCGCUUCUUUAUUUGUCUGCAGAAUUCGCGACACAACACUACUUUUCAAGCCUGCAGGCGCAGACUGAUUUGUUGUGAUAGAGCCGAGUAAGAAGGCAACUGAAUUUCGACGUCAUACAUGCAUUGCACUGACAUACAAGACCGAACACUGUUUGACCUCUGUGAGUAGUUCUCGUAUGCCAAGCUAUUUGUGUAAGACUGCUAUCAUUGUUUUUACUGCUUCUUCGUUCUGCCUACAGGCGCGAAGACCUCACUGUAGCGUGCUCAAGAGGCCUCUUUAACCACCAACAUACAUUUCCACAUAUUUCGACCUCCGAAAUCAACUCAGAGAAUUCGCUACCUGAUAUCGCCAUAGAUUCGUAUUCCACAUGUCUUCUGUUCGUGCCGAUUAGCCGAACAAUAACAUGCAUACCGAUGAGGUUCAACAGUGCUGCAUCGGCUGUUGUCGCAACUUUCCAUACCCCUGUCGCCGUGACGCAAUUCCACAUAACAGAGAUCCCUCAUCGUCACCCCAUCGCCAAUUCUAGUCAACGAGUACGACCCGCAACGCACGCUGACGCU